AGGGAGUCUCGGGGACCGAGGCGAGGACAGGGGCGCGGCGACGGACGAGGGGACCGAGGUGGACGGACCGGGCCUCGCCCGCCGCGCCAGCCCCGCAGCCUCCUGGAGGGCAGGACACUGGCUGAGCUUCCCCCGCUUUCGACUUGGCAGCGCGGGUCUGACGCAUCGCGGCUCUUAGGAGGGCCCCCCAAGGCCAGCUCAUGAGAGCUCUUCUGGGAAGUGAGGUCGAGCUGUCCUGAAGACGCCUGCAGCUGCCAUUGGCCCGGGGACCUUGGAGCGACCGCUGAUGGGCCCAGUCGGUUUACACAACAUUGGACAGACAUGCUGUCUUAACUCCUUGAUCCAGGUGCUGGUUAGAAACGUGGGAUUUGCCAAGAUACUGAAGAGGAUAACGGUGCCAGCUGGAGCUGAGGAGCGGAGGAGGAGUGUCCCCUUCCAGCUGCUGUUGCUGCUGGAGAAGAUGCAGGACGGCCGGCAGAAGGCGGUGCAGCCCAAGGAGCUGGCGUACUGUCUGCAGAAGUACAACAUUCCAUUGUUUGUCCAGCACGACGCUGCCCAGCUCUACCUCACAGUCUGGAACCUGAUCAAGGACCAGAUCACAGACGUGGACUUGGUCGCGAGGCUGCAAGCCCUCUACACCAUCCACAUGAAGGAGUCCUUGGCCUGUCUUGAAUGUGCCUCGGAGGUGGGCAGAAACAGCAGCAUGCUGGCCCUCCCUCUGUCUGUCUUUGACAUGGACUCGAAGCCCCUGAAAACGCUGGAGGACGCCCUCCACUGUUUCUUCCAGCCCCAGGAGCUGUCCAGCGCGGACAAGUGCUUGUGUGGGAGCUGUGGCAGGAAGACUCGCUGGAAGCAGGUCUUGACAUUGACCCACCUGCCCCAAACACUGACCAUCCACCUCAUGCGAUUCUCCAUCAGAAACCUGCGGGCAGAAAAAAUCUGCCACUCAUUGUAUUUCCCCCAGAAUCUGGAUCUAACCAAGCUCCUUGAGACGGAGGGAGAGCCCUACAGUGCUGAGGAGCAGUGUGGAGGGUACUAUGAGCUCUUUGCUGUGAUUGCCCACGUGGGGAAUGCUGACUACGGUCACUACUGUGCCUACAUCCGGAGUUCUGCAGAUGGAGAAUGGUUCUGCUUCAACGAUUCCAAUGUUUGUUGGGUGUCCUGGGAAGACGUCCAGUGUACCUAUGGGAAUCGCAGCUACCGCUGGGGGGAGACUGCCUAUCUCCUGUUUUACAUGAAGACUGAGUCCUAAUGGAUGUUCCUUAAACCUUCAGAGACCUACAGAGUAUCAUCUUCCUCUUCUGUUCCUGUCUCUGCAGACUCUUGUAAGAGAUUCUGCAGUGAGGAGAGGCACCAUUUUCAAACUGUUUACAUUUUAUUUAUAGUCAGUGGUGAUUAUUAGAAUAUUUAGCAGUGACACUACGCAGGUCUGGAUCGGUCAGAACGGGUGCCACUGGUGGACUCAUGGCUGGGUCAGGUCUGGAUUGCUUCUGCUGCACAAGGCGGUGAUCCUUUAGCUGGGAGCUGCAAGGUCCGGGUGCUCCCAGGGGAAGAGAGACCAGGCCAGUGCUCGUAGCAGGAGGCAGUUGGGUAACAAAGGGCUGUGGUCAGGAAUUAUUUCAAUAUUCUACUGCUAAUGUGACUGUACUGGUAGGUACUGACUGUAUAUCAUUUCUGUUUAUAAUUUUAAAAACUUUUAGGGCUUCUCUAGUGGCUCAGUGGUAAAGAAUCCACCUGCCAAUGCAGGAGACAUGGGUUUGAUCCUUGAUCUGGGAAGAUCCCACAUGCCGUGGAGCAGCUAAGCCUGUGCACCACGACUACUGAUCCUAUGUUCUAGAGCCCAGGAGCCACAAGGACAGAGCUCACAUGCUUUAGAGCCUGUGCUCCGAAACAAGAGAAGCCACUGCAAUGAGAAGCCUGUGCACCACAACUAGAUAAUAACCCCUGCUUGCCACAACAAGAAAAAAGCUCUCGCAGCAACAAAGACCCGGCACAGCCAAAAAUUAAAAAAAGAAAUUUUAAAAUGCAUAUCAAUUACAUGAAACUCAAGUGCUUUGUGAUUGUUAUUCAUUUAUUUGAUAACUAUGUGUUGAUCACCUAUUCUGUGAAAUGGUAUGCCAAACACAAUAAUGAAUACAAUUCUUUCUCUCAAAAAGAACUUUUUAAUUUAAUGAAGGUUGAUUAAAAUACAUACAAUACUGGGGGUUUAUGCUACAGGAAUUUGAAGGGAAAUAAAUGAAAAUUCUUCUGCUCUGUGCCCACAGGAGAAGCCUGAAGGCUUGGAAGGGGGCUGAGAGUGAGGACAGUCAGUUUACAGGGAGAAGCAGACCCAGUGGCGUGGCUCAGAGUUCAAAGACCCUCCACACACUUGGAUGGAAGGGAGUUGGGGGCUCAGCCUGUUGAUCUUGAUCCACGCUCAGAAGUUUGGGUCUAGCUUAAUAAGUAAUAAGGAUUUUUUUUUUUUCUUUUGGAAAGUGUUCAAAAAGGAAAGGAACAAUUAGUGGUGUUUCAGUAAAAUGGAUUUGCUGGUGACAUGGGUUAGAGACAGGAUGGCAGCAUGUGUGGACAGGCGUGCCAGUCCCUGGAGCCAUGUCAGAGGAAGAACGUGAAUCGUGGGGUACCCAGGGAAACUCUGCACCAGCCUGGGAAGAAGUGUGUGGACACCCCCCACCUACAGAUGAAGUGACUCGGUCAUUCACGUGUUUAACGACUUGUUCAAGAUUUCAUAGUUUGUGAGUGGCAAAGCCAAAACCUCCAACAUGAAAUGAGGGUGAUUUAUUCUUUUUAUUGGCAAGAAUUUAGCCACACGAGAGUAAAUUCUCACCGUAUAUUAGCCAAACAAUGUAGUCAUGGACAGAUCCUCUUCCUUAGUGCUAACUGUCGCUAAACAGGUGUGUGUAUAUUCCUACCUCUACCGUCACAGACGAUCAUAAAGCUCUUGGCUGAAAGCCACAGAAGCUGUGUUUUUUUUUUUUUCGCAAUAUGGAGGCUGGAGUUUGAAAUCAGGGUGUCACAGGGCUGGUUUCUCCAGGAGGCUGUGAAGGAAAGUCUGCCCUGGCCUUUCUCCUGGAGCCUGGUCAGGCCAGCCCCACUUUCAUCCCCUGUGUGGACCUGAGUCCCUCUGGCCUCCACCUCCAUCUUCACUCACUGUCUUCCCUACAUGUGUUAGUUGAGGACACCAGCCAUGGGUUAGGGGCCAUCCCAGUGUAGCAUGACCUCGCCUUCACUUGGCUAAUUUCAUCAUUCUGAUGUUCCAGGUGGAUAGGAAUUUUAGGGGGACCCUAUUCAGAGUAGUAAAAUGUAUUGAUUCCUUUAGGCCUCAUUCUAAGCAUUGGCAUGCAUAUUCACAGAUAUGAAUAAUUUUUACAUCAUGAAUUCUACUGGACAAAUUAUUCUGCUCAUUGUUUUUUCUCAUAAUAGUGUCUUAGGAAAGUUUCCAAGUCUGUAUGUAGAUGGAUAACAUUCUUUUGAAUUGUUACAUUUACUCCGUAAAUAUACUAUAUUUUUUCCAUUCCCA